GGGCGAGUUGCUUCCUCUCUGCUCUCCCCGCCCUCCAUUGGCUUCGCGCUUUGGCCCUCGCGCUUCGCCGUCGUGAGAGUCCUAACAACGCAUGACGCUCAGGGCGCCAGUGGCACGCGGGGCCCAGCGCGUUGAGGGCGGCGAUGUCUGAAGAUGCUGGAAGCGGCGGCGACUCCCUCCAGGGCCGGGGCCCGGACUCGGGCCGCAGCCACCGCCAGCCUUUCCCGUCCACCUCUCGCAACGGGGCCGUGCCCGAGCACCAGCAGCGCAGGCUGGCGGGAGGCCCAGGCCGUCGGGGCCCCCCGGAGGCUGCGAACGAAGCGGGUGACGGGGAGGAAGCGGAGUCGGAAGAGGAGUCCGGGCAGGGCAGCGAGAGGGCCGAGCCUGAUGAGGACCACACGGACAGGAGGAUGCUCCGGCAGCAGUAUCGUCAGCUGAUCAACAGAGUGCAGCAGAAUCGUGAGGAUAUGCUGAGUUCAAAAAGCAAUAGUUUGACAGAUGCGCUACAAGAAGCCAAUAAAUUGUUCAGUGGAGUUUCCCAGGCAAGGGAGGCUGCUCUGGAUGCCCAGUUCCUUGUUUUGGCAUCAAAUCUAGGAAAGGAGAAAGCAAAUGAGUUACACUCUGAAAUGACAGUAUUUGACUUGCCAGCAUUUGCUGAAGAUUUACUAACAUUUAUGGGCCUAAAUCGUCUAGAAGGAGAAGAAAAUGAUAGUGAUGAUGAGAGCAUUGCUCAUGGAUUUUUACCUAAUAAUGCCUGGCAUAAACUGGGAGCAGAAGCAGAAAGAUAUUUCAGAAGAUCUCCUUCUUUUCACUACAUGUUGGGAUCCUUCAAGGCUGAUCCUCCUGUAGCAAGGCAACGGAUUGAGAGGCAGAAAAGGAAAGCAGGAACAGAAGAAAAAAGGGCAAUGCCUGCUCAGUUGAAGAAAAUGGAGGAGUCUCAUCAGGAAGCCACAGAAAAAGAAGUAGAGAGGAUCUUGGGAUUGUUGCAGAGCUAUUUUCAAGAUGAUCCGAAUAUACCUAUUUCCUUCUUUGAUUUUGUGAUUGAUCCAAGUUCUUUUGCACGCACUGUGGAAAACAUCUUUCAUGUGUCCUUCAUUAUAAGGGAUGGCUUUGCAAGAAUAAAGCUGGAUCAGGACAAACUGCCAGUAAUAGAGCCUUCACAUGAAGAAGAAGGUAGAGAAAAUGACCAGAAUGCCCAAGUACGGAAUCAAGCAGUCAUAUCUUUGAGCCAUCAAGACUGGAAGGACAUUGUAGAAACUUUUGAAAUCACAGAACCUAUGAUUCCCCCUCCUGGUGUCAGCCAAGAAAAUGAAAGUUAGGUGCCAUGAAGGAAAAAAUGUGUGUUAAAAUAUUCAGAUAAGUUUUAUAUGUAUAUACUGUAUGAUAAAAUUUAUUUUUGAUGAGAACACUAGUUUAGUUUAAAUUUGAUUCUUUUUAUAUAACAAGCUUAUUGUAUCUUUUUAUUUAUACAUGUCAUUUACAGUAGUAAAGGUUGUCAUGAUACAUAAGGCAUUUUCAUCCUAUCAUGAUUUUCUUUAAUAAAGCCCUUCUGUAAUGUU